ACCAGAAUCAGAAAGAGAGGGAAAGAAGGCCAAGAGGGCUCAUGGAAGAGUAUUUCUUUCAACAUUACAGCCAAGGGGAUGAGGUGUUAUGGUUUGAUGGAGAAGUCCUUCCACUUCCAGCUGUUGAUGAUCAGUACCAUGGAAGUUCUUUUGUCAAGUAUUCGAACCAUCCCCUUCAGGGCUUUGGAUCGAAUGGGACGGUAAAUCAUGGAAAGAAUGAUCGAAACGCAAACAAGAGAAUGAUAGAGCUGCUGAAGAAGAGGUGGAAACCACCGACGAUCGGAGCAGUGGAAGCCGAAAGAGAGAGGAAUCGCAAGCAUGUAAUCAACGAGAGAAUGAGAAGAGGGAAGCAGAAGAAGAGUUUCGUCGAGUUGCAUAAAAUGUUGCCUUAUGGAACCAAGGGUGACAAGAAUUCUAUAGUGCAAAUGGCAGCUGAGAGAAUUCACGAACUGCAAAGAUGCAACGAGGAACUGAAGAGGAGAAAAAUUGAGCUUGAGUUGGCUUUAGCUGCAGCAAUCCAUGAUGAUGAGGAAAAUUUGGAAGUGGCUAAGAUUAAGUUAAGGGUGGUUCAUCCUUCAUCUGGGAUUGAUUCUAUGUUGGAGGUUCUUAAAUGCUUGAAGAAUACUGGGACUAAAACCAAAGGUAUACAAUCAACAUUUUCAUCCCAGGAAUUUUCUGCAGUAUUGGAGAUUGAAGCCAAGGGAGCUGCAGAAGUGGAAAAGGCAGUUCACGAAACCUUAUUUGAAGCUGAGAAGAAAUUUCGAUGUCCUGUCCUGUUUGAUUGAGAGACAUCUGAAGAAGAUCAGCAUUGCUGACGCUGAUGGCAGCCCGUGGAAUAUUCAGGAGAAACCAAAUACAAGGGGCCAAGCUUAACGCCAGUCUUGACCAUUUUUUUUUUUUUUUUGUCAAUCGUCGCUGAAUUCUUGACCAAUUGGACAUUGUACACAUAAAUUAGAGACGUGGAAGGUGGACUAGUCAAUAAAAUUCAGUGUACACAUAAAAUUGACAUUUGUCUCUAAAUAUAACCAUAACUUCUUUUGCUGUCAAAAGAGAUAUUAUCAGUUUAGAAAAAAUUGAGAUAAAAAAAAAAGGUUCCCUCUCCCUCCUGCGAGCUGCACCGUCCUGUUUUUACCACUAGUAUGUAUGAAUAAAUUAGGAGACCAGUGAAAUCUUACACU